AGACAGGUGUAUUUUCAGCCGCAUAGUACAGAGAACAGCCUGUUCCCUGGAACGUGAAAUAUUUUAUCAUCAAAGAGAAAUUUCCCGUCGUCUAGUUGUUGCCAGAGACGCUCUUGUCACAAUGGCCGAGAGUGAGAAGAAGGAUGGUAUCAUGAGUGAACAAGAAAAAAAAUUAUUCGAUUCAAUUGUACAAGGGUCAGCUGAAGAAGUUAAGUCUUUGCUUGCCGUGGAUGGAGUUCGAGUGGAUUGCAUAGAUGAUACAGGUAUGUCCCCACUCCAGCAUGCUGCCUUCCGUGGCAGAAAAGAUCUUUGUGAACUAUUUCUAGCACAUGGUGCUGAUGUGAACUCCAGUCACCAUGAGAAUGGAUACUCAUCUCUUAUGUUUGCUGCCCUAUCUGGUAACGUUGAAGUAACUCGUCUUAUGUUAGAAGCUGGUGCUCGGGUAGACCACAUUAACUCUGUCAACAGAACAGCCGCUCAGAUGGCUGCGUUUGUGGGUCAACACCAAGUUGUCUCCCUUAUUAACAACUUUUGUCCCAUGGAGACUGUGGAGUACUACACAAAAUGCCAAGCUUUAGAGAAAGAACCAAGGCUUCCUCCUAGUUUAGCCCCAGCUUUACACAGGUUAAUUAAUAUGUCCAACCUGAAUCCAGUAGGGAUUUCUCUCUAUCUUCUCAAUCAUAAAGGAUUGUUAGAAAAUUCUUACAAAGUAGCUAAGGUGUUGGAGCAUAUGUGCGAGUCUAACAUGAAGUCACAUGACACAAAUGACAUCAUGGCUAUGAAGACCCAUUACCUGGCCUGUGUUAUCAGGCAAGCCAGCAAAUCACUAGAAGAGAAGAACGACAACUUACAAACCUGGAUCAAGGCUCUACUAAGAGGCAGAGAUGGCGAUGGGUUUCAAGAAUUCCAGGAGCGAUUCAUUAGGCAGACAUUUAAGGACUUCCCCUAUGUGGAGUCUGAACUUCUACAGCAGAUGGUUAGGAAUGUGGCUCCAGUUAAAAUAGGAGAUGAGCCUACAGCGUUGUCAAUCCUUGUGUCAGGUAUAAAUGGACAGCACUAUGUGAGGGAGGAAGAAAACAGCUGCAGCACAUGUGGGAAACCCAAGGCGCCAAAGAACUGCUCAGCUUGUAAAAUGGUGAAAUACUGUGACCAGUCUUGUCAAAAACUCCAUUGGUUCACCCACAAGAAGUUCUGUAAACAAUUAGCAGAAGAGUUUGUGAGAUAUGAAGCAGAAAAAGAAAAAUUGCGACAAGCAGAUUUGGCAAGGGAGAUGGAAGAAAAAGCUAACAUCAAAGAAUCUCAAACUGAAGUCAAUGGAAAAGAAGAUCAGACAACAGAGAGUCCUUCUCCAGGUUCAGAAAAAGAAUACAAGGCGGACAGCCCAAGUGCCGAGAAAUCUGUUCUGAUUGAAGGCAGCAAGGAAAACAGUUGACGCUAACUUCUCAACAAAGUUUUUUUAUCAUCUUAACUUUUCAUUGGUGAUUUGCAGAUGCAGCUACAACUGUGUGAUUUGUAACCUGGCAUAAACUCUGGCAAGAUUAUUUGACCUAAAAUAAAUGUUUUAGAACAUUUUUGAAUCAUGUUAAGGUAAUGUUACAUGUAGAUGAGUUGUCUGUUAUGUGUAGAGUGUACAUUGUACUUCAGUAUUGUUUUUGUUUAUUCAUAGUGUUUCCUGAAACACGUAGGGAUGCAUAAUUGUUGUUGAAAUAUCUCUUAAUAGAAUACAUAGCUUCUUAACUUGAUAACAGAUACAGAUUUUCAAAUUUGCACUCAAUUCCUUAUUCACAUUCCCCUUAUUCUGUGAGAACUUUACUUAGUCAUACCUUGUUAAGUCUUCAGCCUGUUCACAAAAUUUUAAUGUUUACAAUUUUCAUUCUUGCAGAAUCACACUCUGAAACUGUGAAAAAUAAAAGAAAAAAUGCACCUAUUGAGUGUUGGAAACCAUUCCUGAAUGUUACAAAAAGAUUUACCUGUGUUUUCUGUAC